AUGUCUCAUGGGGAGCGUCGGAGGGCGGGCCAAAGAAGUGCCGAAGGCGAAAGCCCACCCCGGACCGUGGAAGGCACGAUCACGUCAGUGCGAAAGCACAACGGCGUCGCUCCACCAGACUUAGCGGGCCGGAGCGUGAAGCUGAAGGUCAUAAAGCGAGCUGACAGAAGCAAGGAUGCCGUACAAGCACUGCCUUGCAUACCUGAUCAUGUCACGCCGCCAAGCUAUCGAGCUUCGCAUGAAGUUCCGCAUGAAGCGCAUGAAGCUCCAAAUGAAGCUUCGCACGAAGUUGAAGUUUUGCAUGAGGCUGCACGUGAAGCAUUUCAUCCUCCGCCAGCGCCAAUUAUUAGCCUGACAAAGGAGGAGGACGCCAGUGACGUGCUGCCUGUUGAGCAAGAGGACACCGACCAAGUGGAUGAGUUACGUGAUAUCGAGCAAGGCCUCAACAAGCCCAAGCCAGCAAGCUUGACACUCAUAGACUCUCAGGACACCGAGAGGCCGGUCAUGCCUACACCCACAGAUCCAGAGUGGGCAAAUAUGAUGAUCAAAGUGUUGGAGAAAUUGCACUCGCAUCAAAAGUUUAGGAAAACUGCCUUGCGAGCCCGCCGUCGGUACAAAUCAAACUGGUGGUUGGCAUUCCGGCUGUCUUUCUGGAUGCUGGUGAUCGGUGGUCCUGUCAUUGUGUAUCCCGUGGCCGAGUUCUUCAACACCUGGGGCGAUCGGAGCAGCAAAUAUAUGGCCAGCUUCGGCGUGGCGAUGCAGAACUUUUGUUAUUUGCUUGGGCCUUCGCUUGGUGCCUCGGUGCGCUAUUCCCUGGAGGGCUUCAUUGGGACGAUGCUUGCGCUCGGGAACGUCCUUCUGAUGAACCGGGCUUUCGGUUCGUACCUGAAAGGCGGUGCUUUUGCUACCCGCCAGGAGGUGACGGACCUCGCCCUCGGCCGAAUCAUUUACGCCUCCGAGUGGCUGCCCCUGUGCAACCUAGGCAGCGGAGAGCGCUUCGUUCAGACCAACAGCACGGCGGAGUUCCUGCGGGAGUGCUUCAUGAACGUCCACUGGAGUGCCGUGGACGAGGGGAGCUUGAGGGCGCUGAUCAUCCUGGGAGACUUGGCCCUCUUCACGGGCAUCUUCCUCUACAUUGGCUUCGGCACCUGCGUCCGUGUCUACGCGCUGAUCUACGUGCUCUACUGGGCCAUGGCCUUUGUGGAUCCCUCCUCGCCGGCUUUCAGCAACGAUCCAAGCGAUCCUUGGACCCAGAGCAUCAUGACCUGUGCCGGUGGCUUCAUCGCGGUGCUGAGCCAGCUCCUGCCCUGCCCAAACGACGCCCUGAGCAAGGCCACCAAGAGCAGCACGGAGCUCGCCGAGACGCUGAGCGCCGUCUUGGAGGCGCUGCCCUUCGCCACCACCCCCGAGGUCAACCUGGCCAUCCAGUCGUCUAUAGACGGGACCAGAGAGUGGUUGUCAGAUAUUGAGGGGCACCUGUCCUUCGCGUGGUUUGAGGACUUCGGCUUCUUACCAUCACGUUGCCGGAGGCGGAAGAAGCUGGAGGCCUACACAGAACUCAUGGCCGCGCUCUUGCAGCACGCUUCGAUGGCCAACCGCUUGGCGGCAAAGAUGCCGCAGUCGAAUGCUCAAAUCAUGGGGGCUACGCUGCCCUCUCUCCUGGACGUGUGCAGUGCUGCCGCAAGGGCAUUACCGGUCCCCGGCACGACCAUCGACGUGAGUGCAGCAGAGGACUUUGAGGAAGCUAUGGGCACAAUGAAGACCGAGUUUCCGAAGGCUGUUUCCCAGACAGUGCUCAGCGGAGAUAUGAUGAGCUUUGCGCUGGGUUUAUGCACAAUCGCAUCAGGAACGAUCUUGCGUCUCAAAGUGUUGGACACUGCUGUGUACGGCACAACCUGGAACCCUUUGAAGUUUCUGUCUGAUCUUGGAAACAGACUGGAGCUGCCGCAGACUCGAAACUACCCAUCACACUUGCGCUUCGUGGCUCGAAGCACGCUGGCGAUGGUAUUGGCUUUCUUGUUUGGCUGGGUUGGUUUGGAGAGAAUGCUGAAUGCCUACACGUCUGGAGCGUCAGCGACAGUCGCCACGGUCGUGUCUACUACCACGGGUGCUGGGUUCUCUCUGGGCUUGAUUACACGACGCCUGAACGCGGUGGUUGUCGGUACAGUCUUGGGGCACUCUCUCGGCCAAGUUCUGGCAGUCAAGACAGAGUUCCAUGCAGCAGUCUUCGCAGUGUGGUUGUGGUUUUACGCAUUUGUGCUGACUUUCCAGAUACUUCACUCAAAAGCGAAUGCCGGCGUUGCACUUCCCACCUUGGCAAUUGGCGUGUACUCUUUGGUGCCUGCAAGCGGUGUGUUCCGGGACUACAAUUCCUCAAUUGACCUGGGGGCUGAGUUGUACUUGGCCUCGAGUGUGAAGGCAGCCGUUCUAGGAGGAGCAAUCAUGCUGACUUUGGAUCUGCUGCUCUUCUCGAGUGCUCGAAGCCUUGUUCAGUAUCAGCUGAAGCACACCCUGAAAAAGUCCAUGGGGCUACUCUCCAGGGUCAUGGGCCUGAACAGCACGGACAAAGGAUCCGCCAACGCAGAUGGAUCUUCAAAUGAAGAGACUCUCGUCUUGCGACAUCUUGAUGAUCUGAAGAGACUCUUGCCCAGUGCCGCGGACGAGCCAGCCCCCCGAGGAAUUGAGUUUCCGUAUGAACUCUUCGUAAACCUCGAGGGCUCCUUCCGUACAAUUGUCUCGGAGCUGGGCACGCUCGAGUGGCUCUUCACAAUGAUCGGCGAGUCAGCGGCAUCGGUCUUGUCAGACAACCAGGACUUCAAGUCGCUUCUGCUUGAGAUGGAAGAGUACUUCACAACGGAGCUCACCAGCGUGGACGUGAUGUUGAAAGAUCUCUACAAACGAAGGCUGCAGGCAUCAACCUCCGACACCUCGGACGACACCGGUGCCGCCGCAAGCCUUCGACAUUCCAUCUUGGAACGAGGCUCUGAAGCCUUGAGGUCCGCGGCCUCGACUCCCAAACCCAGCCACGUGACCCGGAGAUUGUCUGGGCUCUUGGAGGCAGUGGGAAACCGAAAGCAGACCUUCCAGCAGCUGGUCGAGAAGAUGCGAAAGGUCGCGAACACCCACCGUGGAGACGACCCGCUCUCGGACUUGCUCUCCCAAGUCGAGAUGCUCCUGAGCGCACUGCACACCUGCAGCAAGGCGGUCAUCAACAUCCAGACCGCCCUGGCGCAGUACGGCUAG